AUGACUUGCGAAUUAGCUAUAAGCUCUGGAAAUAACCGUCCAAUUUAUACUACUGUCGGCCUCUGGGACACCGGAUCGCAGACUUCCUACAUCUCUCAAUCUCUGGUCGACCGUUUAAGACCACCUAAGGUUUCUAGCUCCAACCACUCCGUACGCGUUUUUGGCGCCGAGACAGUCAAAUUUCGCUCCACCGGAUAUAAGAUUAGGCUCCAUAAGCCCAACGGGAGAUGGGAUGAAGCUGUAUUCUGCUCAAUUCCGCAAAUCGUCCCAGCAUUUCCAUGUAUACAAUGGGAUGGAACUCGGAUCCCAACGAACCACCGAGACCUCAAAAACAUUCCCGUCAAUAAUAGGGAACCGGAAAUUCUACUAGGAGUUCGAGAGUUUUGGAGAUUCUUCCUAGGAUCCAAGAAAAUAGGCAGAAAUCUACACGUUAUAAGAACACACUUCGGUUCAAUGCUCUGCGGUGAAUUACCCCACUAUAUUUCACCUACCUCUUUAACCUGCAUUUCUCUUGCUGCCGUGCACAGCUCACCGGAAGAAAUGCCUGCCAGUAAUGAAAUAGAGCAAUUUUGGAACCUAGAGUCCAUGGGCAUUACUGACAAUCCAGAAAAUAAGGACGACGAUAUCGCCACCAGAUUAGUCGAACAGUCCAUAAUACAGGAUUCAGACGGGAGAUACACGGUUGGACUUCCCUGGAAAUCGCCAGAAGGAACUUCGGGACCCCCAUCGGAAUUACCCUCCAACUUUGAUAUGGCGUACAAACGUCUGUCAUCCGUACUCAAGCGAAUGGAGGGGGCGCCCAAAAUAGCCCAGGAAUACCAGAAAGCGAUAGAGGACCAACUUAACCGCGGAGUAAUUGAAGUCACACAAUGCAACCCAGACAUGCAGGAACACUUCCUUCCACACCAUGCAGUCUUUAAUAAAGGGAAAAUCCGCCUAGUAUACGAUGCAAGCGCUCAUCCAAAAGGACUUCCCUCACUUAACCAAUCACUAUUUCGAGGACCAGUUUUACUCCCGAAUUUAAUUAAUUUGCUUUUACGCUUCCGGGCUACUAAAAUUCCAGUCUUGGCCGACAUCGAGAAGGCCUUUCAUCAAAUUUCAUUGAUCGAAUCUGAUAGGGAAUUCUGUAAAUUCUUAUGGUUAAAAAACAUGGACCAACCUCUUUCGCCGUCCAACCUAGCCGUGUAUCGAUUCAAAAGGAUUGCAUUUGGGAUUAUUAGUUCUCCGUACAUCCUAGCGGCCGUCAUUAGGCAGCACCUUUCAAAGGAUCGGACCGACUUUGCCAACGCAAUUAAGGAGAACAUUUAUGUCGAUAAUGUUCUCUUAGAAUGCGACACAAUAGAGGAAGCGCUUAAUAAAUGUAAAGCGGCUAAACAAAUUUUCGCAACUGCCAAAAUGAACCUGCGGGAAUUCUGUACCCACGAAAGGGCUGUUUUGGACCAAAUAACACCUGAGGACAGACUAGAACAGGAAAUCCCGCGCGUCCUUGGAAUUAAUUGGGACCUACAGCGAGACACGCUUCAGAUUAAAUUCCCGCCACUCUCAAAACCAAUUACACGCCGCACCGUACUCGGCACAAUUUCUUCUUGUUUCGACCCAAUGGGACUAGUCGGCCCUUGCCUUCUCCCCGCCAAGGCAUUCUUCCAACAUUUAUGGACUUUAGAAAAUUUUGAGUGGGAUACUGUUUUACCCUCCGACGAAUCUAAAACUUGGGAAAAAAUAACGUCGGAUUGGAUCACCGAAAUUUCAAUCCCUCGCCUUGUCCUUCACGGAAAUUCACCAACCGUCCAAAUCCAUACAUUUACCGACGCAUCAGACCUUGCUUUCGGCACAGCUGUUUAUUUGCGAAGUGAAAGCAAGGAGGAUGGGAGAAUUACCACUUCAUUAGUCUUCUCCAAAAAUCGUUUGCGUCCACUAAAAGCAAACUCUAAACUCACCAUACCGCGAUUGGAACUAUUAGGAAUUUUAUCGGGAGUUAGAGCAUCCAAAUUCAUCCAAAAUGAGCUACACCGGGAAAUAGAAAAAAUCUUCAUUUGGAGUGAUUCAACCAUUGCCCUUAGCUGGCUUAAGGAAACUGACCACCAACCGGUCUUUAUAGCAAACCGAACCAAGGAAAUUAGGACUUUACCUAACGGCGAGUUCCGCUAUGUUAAUACAACAGAAAACCCGGCGGACCUAGUUACACGGGGAAAAUCUCCCUCAGAACUCCAAUCCAACCAUCUCUGGUGGCACGGCCCCACCUGGCUCUCAAAAUCGCAAAAUGAGUGGCCCACUUCAAUAGUUUUUAAACUCAAUACAAUUGACUCUACCGACGAGUCUGCGAUAACCAACACCCUUGCCAAUAUCAGGGAACACCCAGAAAUACCUAAGAAGAAUGAGUUGAUCGACUUUAAGAGAUUUAAUUCAUGGGAUAAAAUUAGGCGAACUACUAUUUGGGCUCUUCGUUUUUUACAAUCGAUAUUCAUUAAAAAUGGCCGCGAACCUUCUUUGCUCAUAAAGAAUCGCCGCCCUGAGCUUCUCUCUAUUUCUCAAGCAGCUAGUAGGAAAAACUCCGCAUUCUCCGCAAACGACUAUUUAACCGCCGGCUCCCUUCUGAUAAAGAUUGCGCAACAGCAAAACAUACACGAGAUUGAGCGCUACCCGCUGGAAACCGACCAAAAUGGUUUACUUCUUCUCAAAACGCGAAUUGUGCAACAAAUCGAGCGCCCAACAUUAGCUCGCCCUAUUAUAUUGCCUCGCUCUUCUCAUCUAAAAUUUCUCAUUAUUUCUGACAUUCACCAAGAAUUAACUCACGGAGGGAUAGACAUUACUCUAACCGAAUUUCUUGUUAAAUAUUGGACGCCCAAUGCCCGAAAAACAGUCAAAACAAUAAUCCGAACAUGUCUGAAAUGCGAGAGAAUGCGCGCCUAUAAAUAUGCUUUACCUCAUUUUCCACCUUAUCCUAAUGAUCGAGUUUUCAGGAAAAUGAUUUUUGAGUCUGUAGGACUUGACUACGCCGGACCAUCUUCUGUCCGAAUUAAUGGAAUUAUUACUAAAUUUUAUUUAUUAUUAUUUUGUUGUUUAACAACACGUGCAAUUCAUCUGGAAAUUACUCUGAGCCAAUCUGCUGAGGCUUUUAUGAAUGCCUUUCAACGUUUUAUUUCUCGUCGUGGAAAACCAAAACGUGUCAUCAGUGACAAUGCUCCUUCCUUUAUUUUGGCGGACAAAACAAUCGACUUUCUCAUCAAUGAGCCGUCCAACGAACUGGCGAAGAAAGGCAUCGAUUGGACCUUCAUUCCUGCUUAUAGUCCAUGGGCUGGAGGAAUGUAUGAGCGCCUCAUCGGGAUCACCAAGCAACUCUUCCAACGUACACUCGGCAAGGAAAUCCUGCACUUCGACGACCUCAUUACCUUCACAGCCAAGGUGGAGGCAACACUCAAUCUUCGUCCCAUCUCUACUGUUUCGGACGAGAAGGAUGGAUUUCUUCCUUUAAGACCCGCCGAUCUUCUCAUUCCAAAGAUCGAGCUCAACCUACCGACUGACCGACUUUUAGAGGACAUCCCUUUCCGUCCCGACUCACAUGAAAAAUUAGCCGAAAUUUACAUAGCCACCGAUAGGGCUCAUGAAUUCUUUUGGGAAAGAUGGAGUAAAGAGUACCUUCUUAUACUACGUUCCAGGACUCAAACCGCCCACAAAGGAAAACGACUAGAAAACCAUUCCGCCCCUAGGAUUGGAGAAAUAGUAAUUGUAGAAGAAAAAUAUACCCCGAGGAAUCUAUGGCCUAUGGGACGUAUCGUAAAAUUAGGUGGGAAACCUGGAACAACCAGGAGUGUGGAAGUCCAAAUGCAAAAUGGCAACACUGUCACGCGUCCAGUCAAUAGCGUGUGUCCUCUAGAAAUCACUCAAACCGAACAGGAAGCCAAAGUUACCGAACCAGCUCCCCAGAUAGUUCAAGGAACUUCCGCACGGGAACCAAAACCCAACGCUGGACAUCGAAUGUUAACGCGAAGCAAAUCGAGGGCAAUCGUGUCUACCCUACUAAACGUGGCAUUAUUCCUUUUCUGUUUUACAUCCAUCCAGGGAUCGCCUAUAAAUAAUACAUGCCCAAAAUGUCAAAUUUCAUGCACUAAGACCGGAGUUACUGUAAUCAGCCCCAGCGAAUUCGCCAAUUUAGAAUUAUGCUGCGCCGGCAACUGCUUAAUAAAGCCGCAUGCUCCUAAAAUCGACUAUGAACUGCCGCACGAGCUUCUAGUCGUAGAUUACCACUGCCAAAUUACCCUAACGGAUUCCCAAAAUAAGAUGUACCAAAAAGAGAAAACCUGCCCAGCUCAGGAUGAAUGCAGCUUAAUAGACUGUACUAUAUGUUGGGACCGUAUAGCCAACCCUGCAUGCGCUCCUGUCAAUUCUGGAAUUCUACUAGGAUCGGGAUUGCUUUUUAUUCUACUUUUUCUUUCUUGGACCAUAACACACAUUAAAAUGGUCUUUGCGGCAUUUCAAUUCAUCUUCGCAAUCUUCACCGUUCUAUUCCAAACUCCAAUCCGCGCUAUGCGAUUCUCUCUUCGCAACCAAAAUGAAGGGGAAGAAUAUUUACGGCCAGAUUUUAAUUCAAUGAGAAUCCACAGAGACAGAAAUAGGCGAUGGAGAGUCAAUAUGCCAUACCGCAGUAAUGGGCAUUCAGACGAACGGCAUGCUCGCCGCUAG